AUGCGCGAACGUUGGAGCUCAGCAUCAUCUUUAUCACCGCGACGGGAUCAGCAGUUGCGAAAAGGGCAAGCGGUCGCAGCAGGCCUUGUCGCUGAUCUGCGCCACGUGGGAGGCAAAAGUGUAGCCCGACGUCAUCAGCUACAGCGCCGGGAUCAGCGCGGGCUGGAAGGGCGACCAGCGGCAGCGCUCAGGGAGACGUGGAAGGCGGCACUGGAGCCCGCCGUCGUCAAUUACAACGCUGGGAUUACGGCUCGGACGUUACUCGGGGAGACGUGGGAGGCGAAGAUGAACCCGAGCGUCCUCAGCUACAGCGCUGGCAUUAGCGCGUGCGGAGGAGGCUAA